GCCUUCAGCCUAUGGGCGCAUGCGCGGACUUACGCAAUCCACUUACCUUACGAGGAAGAAGGCCUCGGAGAAAGGCAAAAGCGAGCGCAAAUUCAGCUGGGAAGUGAGGUGGGCCUGGGGGGCGAACGACGUUGUCGUGUCGUUGCGCUCAGCAAAGAUGAGAACUGCAAGCUUCUUACUGGCGGCUCUGUUAAUCCCUUGGGGCAUUUCUCUGGCAAAGUAUGAUGAAUUUGAUGAUGGUGAUGACAUUGUGGAAUACGAUGAUAACGACUUUGCUGAAUUUGAAGAUGUGAUUGAAGAUACUGUGACGGAAUUGCCGCAGCGGAUUGUUACGACAGAAGAUGAUGAGGAAGAGGCCACCAUUGAGCUUGAAGGUCAAGAUGAAAGUCUUGACUUUGAGGAUGCAGAUGCACAGGAAGGCGAUACAGAGAGUGAACCAUAUGACGAUGAAGAGUUCGAAGGUUAUGAAGAGAAACCCGAUGCUUCUCCUGGCAAAAGUGAAGACCAUAUAAAAAUAAUUAAUGUCCCUGCCCACCUCCAAAACAGCUGGGAGAGUUACUACAUGGAAAUCUUGAUGGUGACAGGUCUCCUUGCCUACAUUAUGAACUAUAUCAUUGGGAAGAACAAGAACAAUCGUCUGGCUCAAGCCUGGUUUAAUUCUCACCGGGAGCUGCUAGAGAGUAAUUUUGCUCUUGUUGGGGAUGAUGGCACGAAUAAAGAUGCCACAAGCACGGGCAAACUGAACCAAGAGAAUGAGCAUAUCUACAACCUCUGGUGCUCUGGCCGGGUAUGCUGUGAAGGCAUGCUUAUCCAGCUGAAGUUUCUCAAAAGACAAGACCUGCUAAACGUGCUGGCUCGCAUGAUGAGACCAACCUGCGACCAAGUGCAAAUAAAAGUGACGAUGAAUGACGAAGACAUGGACACCUAUGUUUUUGCUGUUGGGACAAGGAAAGCCUUGGUGCGGCUUCAGAAGGAGAUGCAGGACCUGAGUGAAUUCUGCAGCGAUAAACCCAAGACUGGGGCAAAGUAUGGACUCCCAGAGUCAUUAGCUAUCCUGUCAGAGAUGGGUGAGGUCACAGAGGGAAUGAUGGAUACUAAGAUGAUCCAUUUCCUCACGCAUUAUGCUGACAAGAUCGAGUCCGUCCAUUUUUCAGACCAGUUUUCCGGUCCAAAACUUAUGCAAGAGGAGGGUCAGCCUUUGAAACUGCCUGAAACCAAGAAGACACUAUUGUUUACUUUUAAUGUGCCUGGAUCGGGCAACACGUCCCCAAAAGACAUGGAGGCUUUGCUGCCUCUGAUGAAUAUGGUAAUUUAUUCCAUUGACAAAGCAAAAAAGUUCCGUCUGAACAGAGAGGGUAAACAAAAAGCAGAUAAGAACCGGGCACGUGUAGAAGAGAAUUUUCUGAAACUCACCCAUGUGCAAAGGCAAGAGGCUGCUCAGACCCGCCGAGAGGAGAAGAAGCGGGCCGAGAAAGAGAGGAUCAUGAAUGAAGAGGAUCCAGAGAAGCAGCGCCGCCUGGAGGAGGCUGCUUUGAGGAGGGAGCAGAAGAAACUUGAGAAGAAGCAAAUGAAGAUGAAGCAGAUCAAAGUGAAAGCCAUGUAGUGGGCGGGGGAAAAGCUGCAGGAAACCCCUUUCUUAGUGCCAACCUUAGAAUUUCAGUUUGCUGCCUGCAAACGAGCUAAUUAUGUCUGUGAUCUUAAUAAUUGCCCAUUGAGAACUGCAUUUGACCUACUGUUUAGUUGCAUACGGAAUUAUAUUUGGAAGCUUUUCCUGUGGACACGUCCUCGUGGAAAGGUUAUUGGAACUGGUUACCAUGGAGCUUUUCCUGGAUCAGUCACAGAGUUAUGUCUGGAAAUGGGUAACCAGUUCUAAUGCAACGUUUUCAUUUAUAUGUGCACUGGACUGCUUCAAAAAGUGAUCUCGCAAACACCAAAGCUACCCUGCAGUUGGCAGCACAAGAGGGAUCCUUUGCAUCGGCACUCCCAAUGGUUGGGUUACAAUCCUGGCGACCGCUUCAGUCCCUUUUUAUGUUAGUGGGACUACUAAUAAAUAUUUUUCAGGAUUGCA